AAGUUCACUUGCGAAAUCAUAACAUAUUGGAAAUGCUUCAAAGACUAUAAGCUAAAUCCAUCGUAGGAUUAAAAUAUGAAAGAAAGCUUGAUACUGUAGAGAUGAAUAAAAAUGGAUAGCAGGAUAAGUGAGAGGGCAGUUGCCUCACGCCUUCUCCAGUACCAUAUAGACCUUACUCGCAUCAAGAACAACUACAGCACACAACUUGCCUCAUUAACGAUAAUUCAAGAAUUCUUAAAGAAUGACAAAAAUGGCAAUAUCAGUCAAUUGUUCAUGGACAGAGGACUUUUAGAAACUCUUUUGAUAACUGUGGACUCGGCACUAGAUAUCCAGUCAGAAUUGGCUUCCCUUGAUGUAUCAUUGAAAUGUCUUUGGUUUUUGUCACAGCUGUCAAUAGGGCCUCUUCAACGUAUGAUAUCAGGCGACGUUAUGAGGUGCCUGCUAUACUUGUUGAAUGUUAACGGCAGCAUUUAUCAUUUUACAUCAAAAUUUACAAGAAAUUUUCAACUGCUUUGUGAAAACAAGCACUUGAUAGGGAGAAUAAAAACCAAGAUAAUGUCUUCAGAAAUGCACAAACAAGUACACAAACUUUCAAAUCUAAAGUUAAAGGAUUUGGACAUGUUGCCUAGCAACUUAAAAAUUUGUUCAUUGUUUGACACCAGUGAUUCUGACAGGGAUGUGAAUAUCACAGAUCAUCUCUUGGAAAAUUUUAAACAAGAUUCCUGGCCAAACAUGAUAGAGAUUGAGGAAACACAAGAAGAUGAGGAAAAGUGGGAAGACAUUUUUGUGUCAGAUGUCAUUGAUGGACCAUUAUUUUGGGCACACAUAGGCAUGUCUACCAUCGAAACAGUUCACAACAUAAAGAUGGCCUUAGAAACAGCAAAUCUCCAGCCAGCUAGAUGUACUGUAGGUGACAUUGUUGUUGCCGUAAAGACACUGGAUACUAAGCAGUCUUUUUACAUGCGGGCUAGGGUUAUUAAGGUUGAUCAGUGGAAGGUCCAAGUCUGGGCUUUGGACUAUGGAUACAAGAUGGACAUACACUGUGAUCUAGUAUAUACCUUACCAGACCACCUUAGUACACACAAGUUUCCUCCACAAAUAUCGUUGUGUAAACUGGCAGGAGUAUCACCACCACCUCGCCAUCAGGUUAUCCCACAGCUGGCAGCCGCAAUUCUCAGUAACAUCUGUCAGAAAAGUAUUCCUGCUUGUGAGAUUUUGGCUGAGCAAGGUGGACUAGAAAUCCUUGAGACAUUUAUAUAUCUUUGUCCUGAGCCAGAAACUAUCUGCUGUGUCCUGAGACUGAUCACCAACAUCUCCUUCCAUUCAAAGAUGUCCUCUAGCAUCUCCAAUAGUAACCUCACUGAGUGUGUUUUAGACAGCAUAUCCAAGUUCCUGGUCUAUCCUCCUGCCUCACAGAAGAACCUGUUGGUUUCAGGGUUGAACUGUCUCUGUAACAUGCUAUUCAAAAAUGACAAGGCCAGAGACAAAUUCUACCAUCAUGAAGGUAUCAACACCUUAAUGAAAGUUGUCUUCCAACAUCCUAACAUCAAAUACAAGAUUUACCAUGCUGGGACACAUCUGCUUCGUAUCUUUGUCCGAAGAAUAGACACAGAACGAUCUACAGUGCUGCAUCAUAGGCGCACAUUGGGAAGACAUCAUGGCAACAGUACAGGCAGAUCCAAAAGUCAAGACAAACAUGUUGACCCAAAAUUGAAGAACUGUCCAAAUGAGUUUGCCAGGAUGAUACAGUCACUUAACAUUGAAGAAAAACAAUUAAAGAACACAUCAUUUCAACCAAGAAUGUAUGAGACAGCUUGGUCAGAUGAGUCUGAUUCUGAUGAGGACUGCCACCAUGUCACACGAGUCAGCGAAGAUACAGACGGCAGCAGUAGGCGUGUAACAACAUGUGAUGCUGCAUAUUACUACGGAAAAUCACCUGACAAGACAUUCAUUCUUGGUUCUGGAGUGGAAUUUGAGAAUGACACAACACAUGAAUUACGGCCAAAUAAAUCCACUGACAAGGUUUCGCCUUCUGUCUUGGCCAAGCAUGUGUGCGGCUUCCUGAACAGUGGGAAAGGUGGCAGCAUAUACAUUGGAAUUCGGAAUACUGUCCACGGUGUGGAAUUGAAUCGAAAUGACCGUGACGAUUUUCGUCUUAGUGUGGACCGGAUGAUGUGUGAUAAAAUAUUACCUUGUGUUCUUCAUUCCAUGUUUGAUGUUAUUUAUACACCUGUUGUGGAACAUGACAAAGAAACAGACACAUUUUUGCCUGUUGAAGAUCUCUUUGUGGCAGAGAUCAUCAUAAAGCAUGUGCCCAAUAGUGUCAUGUACACUACAAAAGACGGGGAAUGUUACUACAGGUUUGGAGCACACACAUCUCUGCUGUCUGCUCAGGAGAUGAGACAACUCAUUAUUGUGGAAGAGGAGGAUAUUUUUAUGGAGGAAAUCAAACAACUUUCUAUGGAACUGGAACAACUAAAGUCUAAAUAAUUGGUGUCACAUGUCAGGGAGAUAAUUGUAUUCCUGUCCUGUAUCAUGUCUGAUGGAGAUAAGGGAGACAAUUGUAUUCCUGUCCUGUAUCAUGUCUGAUGGAGAUCAGGGAGAUAAUUGUAUUCCUGUCCUGUAUCAUGUCUGAUGGAGAUAAGGGAGAUAAUUGUAUUCCUGUCCUGUAUCAUGUCUGAUGGAGAUAAGGGAGAUAAUUGUAUUCCUGUCCUGUAUCAUGUCUGAUGGAGAUAAGGGAGAUAAUUGUAUUCCUGUCCUGUAUCAUGUCUGAUGGAGAUAAGGGAGAUCAUUGUAUUCCUGUCCUGUAUCAUGUCUGAUGGAGAUAAGGGAGACAAUUGUAUUCCUGUCCUGUAUCAUGUCUGAUGGAGAUAAGGGAGAUAAUUGUAUUCCUGUCCUGUAUCAUGUCUGAUGGAGAUCAGGGAGAUAAUUGUAUUCCUGUCCUGUAUCAUGUCUGAUGGAGAUCAGGGAGACAAUUGUAUUCCUGUCCUGUAUCAUGUCUGAUGGAGAUAAGGGAGACAAUUGCAUUCCUGUCCUGUAUCAUGUCUCAUGGAGAUAAGGGAGACAAUUGCAUUCCUGUCCUGUAUCAUGUCUCAUGGAGAUAAGGGAGAUAAUUGUAUUCCUGUCCUAUAUCAUGUCUGACGGAGAUAAGUGUAUCCCUUCACUAGUUUUCUGUGUUAUGGAGAUACCUUUUUGCCUGCCAUGUAUCAUGUGUAAAGGGAAACUACUGUUUCCCUUCCCUUUAUCAGAUGUAAGGGAGGUAACUGUAUCCUUGCCCUUGUCAGGCGUAAGAGAAAUAAUAACAUUCCUAUUUUUUAUCAUAUUUAAAGAAGAUAACUUUUUCUUUCAUCCUCCAUUGUGUAUAAGGAAGACAAUUCACUGUCCUGUGGUCUGCAGAAAGGAGAUAACCUAAUCUCUUAUUCUGUAUCACGUAUAAAGGAGAUAACUUUAUCAUUGGUCAGUAUUAAAUGCAAGGGAGAUAACUAUAUGCAUGUUCUGUAUCAUGUGUAAGGAUGUAUCUGUUUCCAUGACCUGAAUAUUGUGUUUGAGGAACAAUUCAAUUUGUGACAUAGCUUAAAUAGAUGACUUCAUCUGUCUGGUUCAAGUGGAAAGGAUGUAAGGAAUGUCUUCCUGUCGAUGUCUGAAUCUGGGAUCUUCUCAUAAAAACAAAGAAUAUUUAUCAUGUCAGUAAUGUAUACAUGUCAAAUCACUAAUUCAGAUUGACUCUUCACAUGCACUUCCAAGAGUUGAGUCGGAGAAUAUGAAUAUAUAACAGAAAAGAAUAGAUACAAUUAUCCCUCCCUUCCCUUUGAGAUAAGAUUUGGGAUAUUCAGGGAAAAAUAAGGUAUAAAAGCUACAGAUAUCAACAGUUCAAGAAGGAAAAUACUGUUCAGUAAACAUUUUUUUAGGUUAUCUGACACAAUGGGUCAAGAUGACAUAGAACUAUUGCUGUCGUGCAUGGUCCAUCAUCAGGCACUGUGUGUAAAUUGUCCUCUCUAAACUUUUCCUUCAUAACACUACUCCUGUGCAGUUUUCAACCAAAUUUGAUGUAAAACAUCAUUGGGAAUGAACAAUAUUUUCCUUAAUUUAAAGUUGGUUCGACAUCUAGGGACCUGUUGUUGGGGCCCAAAAUGGGGAAAUUUGUCAAUAUCUUACUUCAAAACACUACUCUUCCUUAAUGCCUGAUUGGAUUUGAGUCAAAUUUUGUCAGAAAUAUCAAUAGGGAUCAGCAAUAAGAUUCAGAAAGUUGAUUUGACCCCAAUGGUCUUAGGGGAAUUUCGACAAUCUUUUGCUUCAAAAUGCUACUUCUUAAUGACGCCUGGGUAAAUUUCACCCAAAUUUGGUCAGAAACAUUAUUAGGGAGUGGCAAUGAUAUCAGACAUGUAUGAAGGGAUCACGAUAUUGACCUGGCUAAGUUUUAGGUUUAGGUUGGAUCAAAAAUCCAAACAUGUCAUACUGAACACUUAGUCUGAGCUACAGUUUUAUUCACACCAUUGAUAAAACUAUUUAGAGUUUAAUUCAUUAAUGAAAAGAAACAGAUGAUAUGUUGUUUUACAGCCUGGUCCAAACUUUGUAGGUACAGUAACCAUUUUUAACAUGAUUGUGCAACUAAUUUUCAAGAACAAAACUUACCAUUUAUGAGUUUAUGAGACUUUCUAGGAAUGUUCAGAAUUUGAAUUCAUCAGAUUAUGUCAGGUCACCAUCAUUAAAUUCUGUGGUCUGUCCAUCGAAUGAUUGUCAGCUGACCAUUAAGGGCCAUGUCCCUGUUGUUUUUACCUCAAACAUGGAUUGCAGACAAAGAACAUCAAAAUUACGAUGACUUUCAUUUAGGACCAAGCAUUGUUUCUUAGUUAUUACAAAAAAUGUACA